AUAAUAUGUGGGCCGCUGUGGAGCCGUGGUCGCGCUGUGUGUGUGUGUGAGUGGAGAGUGAGUGCGGGACCUGAGGCUGUGUGUGUGUGAACUGUGGCCACUGGCGGGGUCGGGGGGGGGGGGCAGCGGCGGAGCCGCCUCGGACGAUAAGGAAAUUGAGAUUUGGAGAAGUUAAAUAACCAAGACUUCACAGGCCGGUGUGCAGUGGGGUAAUCUCGGCUGACUGCAACCUCCGUCCCCUCCGAGUUCAAGUGAUUCUCCUGCCUCAACCUCCCGAGUAGCUGGGAUUACAGGCAAAGCCAUGACUACAGUAGUGGUACAUGUGGACUCCAAAGCUGAGCUCACUACCCUGCUGGAGCAGUGGGAAAAGGAACAUGGCAGUGGGCAGGACAUGGUACCUAUCCUUACCAGGAUGUCUCAAUUGAUUGAAAAAGAAACUGAAGAGUAUCGUAAAGGGGAUCCAGACCCAUUUGAUGAUCGACAUCCUGGUCGAGCUGAUCCAGAGUGUAUGCUGGGCCACUUGCUGAGAAUACUCUUCAAGAAUGAUGAUUUCAUGAAUGCACUGGUGAAUGCAUACGUGAUGACAAGCCGAGAGCCCCCUUUAAACACUGCAGCUUGCAGACUCCUAUUAGACAUCAUGCCAGGACUGGAAACUGCUGUCGUCUUUCAAGAAAAGGAGGGAAUUGUCGAGAAUCUUUUCAAAUGGGCCCGAGAGGCCGAUCAACCAUUGAGGACAUAUUCUACUGGACUGUUAGGAGGUGCUAUGGAAAAUCAAGACAUUGCUGCCAACUAUAGAGAUGAAAAUUCACAGCUGGUGGCAAUAGUGCUUCGAAGACUGAGGGAGCUACAGCUACAGGAAGUGGCUUUGCGGCAGGAAAACAAGCGUCCCAGUCCACGGAAGCUCUCUUCUGAACCCCUUUUGCCUCUGGAUGAGGAGGCUGUGGAUAUGGACUAUGGUGACAUGGCUGUAGAUGUAGUAGAUGGAGACCAAGAGGAAGCUUCUGGAGACAUGGAGAUCUCCUUUCAUCUUGAUUCAGGCCACAAGACUAGUAGCAGAGUGAACUCAACAACCAAACCUGAGGAUGGAGGAUUAAAGAAAAACAAGUCAGCAAAACAGGGUGACAGAGAGAACUUUAGGAAAGCCAAGCAAAAAUUGGGUUUCUCAUCUUCUGAUCCAGAUCGCAUGUUUGUUGAGCUGUCUAAUAGCAGUUGGUCAGAAAUGUCUCCCUGGGUGAUUGGCACCAAUUAUACCCUUUAUCCUAUGACUCCUGCUAUCGAGCAGCGACUCAUUCUCCAAUAUUUGACCCCUCUAGGAGAAUAUCAGGAGCUACUUCCCAUAUUCAUGCAACUUGGAUCACGGGAGCUGAUGAUGUUCUAUAUUGACCUGAAGCAAACUAAUGAUGUCCUGCUUACAUUUGAGGCACUAAAGCACCUAGCAUCUCUCCUGCUCCAUAACAAAUUUGCCACAGAAUUUGUUGCGCAUGGUGGAGUACAGAAAUUACUGGAAAUACCUCGUCCUUCUAUGGCUGCAACUGGUGUGUCUAUGUGUUUGUAUUACCUAUCCUACAAUCAGGAUGCCAUGGAAAGAGUUUGCAUGCAUCCCCACAAUGUUCUGUCUGAUGUGGUGAACUAUACCCUGUGGUUAAUGGAGUGUUCUCAUGCUUCAGGAUGCUGCCAUGCUACCAUGUUUUUUUCAAUUUGCUUCUCAUUUCGGGCUGUCUUGGAGCUCUUUGACCGCUAUGAUGGUCUUCGUCGUCUGGUGAACUUGAUCAGUACUUUGGAGAUUCUAAAUUUGGAAGAUCAGGGUGCACUUCUGAGUGAUGAUGAAAUAUUUGCUAGCCGCCAAACUGGGAAACAUACCUGCAUGGCCUUGCGCAAAUACUUUGAGGCUCACCUGGCCAUUAAAUUGGAACAAGUGAAGCAGUCACUUCAGAGGACUGAGGGUGGCAUUCUUGUCCACCCACAACCCCCGUACAAGGCAUGCUCAUAUACUCAUGAACAGAUUGUGGAAAUGAUGGAAUUUUUGAUAGAAUAUGGCCCAGCGCAGCUAUAUUGGGAACCAGCUGAAGUCUUCCUCAAACUUUCUUGUGUGCAACUCUUGUUGCAGCUUAUUUCUAUUGCCUGCAAUUGGAAGACCUAUUAUGCAAGGAAUGACACUGUGCGCUUUGCUUUGGAUGUCCUGGCUAUUCUUACUGUGGUGCCAAAAAUCCAGCUCCAGUUGGCAGAAUCAGUGGACGUGUUGGAUGAGGCUGGAUCUACAGUCUCUACUGUAGGUAUCAGCAUUAUUUUGGGAGUGGCUGAGGGUGAGUUCUUCAUCCAUGAUGCUGAAAUUCAGAAGUCAGCACUUCAGAUUAUCAUCAAUUGUGUGUGUGGCCCAGAUAACCGAAUAUCCAGUAUUGGUAAAUUUAUCUCUGGCACUCCUCGGAGAAAGCUGCCUCAGAACCCUAAAAGCAGUGAGCACACCCUGGCCAAGAUGUGGAAUGUGGUUCAGUCCAACAACGGCAUCAAGGUGCUCCUGUCCUUACUGUCCAUUAAGAUGCCCAUCACAGAUGCAGACCAAAUCCGGGCCCUGGCCUGCAAGGCCCUGGUGGGCCUGUCUCGCAGUAGCACUGUCCGGCAGAUCAUCAGUAAACUGCCCCUUUUCAGCAGCUGCCAGAUCCAGCAGCUGAUGAAGGAGCCUGUGCUGCAGGACAAGCGCAGUGACCAUGUCAAAUUCUGCAAGUAUGCUGCUGAACUCAUUGAACGGGUGUCAGGAAAACCACUUCUCAUUGGCACUGAUGUUUCCCUAGCACGACUGCAGAAAGCAGAUGUUGUUGCCCAGUCAAGGAUCUCCUUCCCUGAGAAAGAGCUGCUUUUGUUGAUACGAAACCAUCUUAUUUCUAAAGGGCUUGGAGAAACAGCAACCGUGCUGACAAAAGAGGCUGACCUGCCCAUGACUGCUGCCUCCCAUUCUUCUGCCUUUACCCCAGUCACUGCUGCUGCUUCUCCUGUCUCUCUACCCCGAACCCCUCGUAUUGCUAAUGGCAUUGCAACUCGACUGGGCAGCCAUGCUGCCGUGGGUGCUUCUGCCCCUUCUGCCCCCACUGCUCAUCCUCAGCCACGGCCCCCCCAGGGUCCGCUAGCUCUGCCCGGCCCAUCUUAUGCAGGCAACUCCCCUUUGAUUGGUAGAAUCAGUUUUAUCAGAGAGAGGCCAUCACCCUGCAAUGGCAGGAAAAUCAGAGUGUUGCGGCAGAAGUCGGACCAUGGCGCCUACAGCCAAAGCCCAGCCAUAAAAAAGCAGCUGGACAGACAUCUUCCUUCCCCACCUACGCUGGACAGUAUAAUCACAGAGUAUCUUAGAGAACAACAUGCUCGCUGCAAGAAUCCAGUUGCCACCUGCCCACCUUUCUCCCUCUUUACUCCUCACCAAUGUCCUGAGCCAAAACAGAGGCGGCAAGCGCCAAUAAACUUUACCUCAAGGCUAAACCGCAGGGCAUCAUUUCCAAAGUAUGGAGGGGUGGAUGGCGGAUGCUUUGAUAGGCACCUUAUCUUUAGCAGAUUCCGUCCUAUUUCAGUGUUCCGGGAAGCCAAUGAAGAUGAGAGUGGCUUCACCUGCUGUGCAUUCUCAGCACGGGAGCGGUUCCUGAUGCUUGGCACCUGCACAGGGCAGCUGAAGCUCUAUAAUGUGUUUAGUGGACAGGAGGAGGCCAGCUAUAACUGUCACAACUCAGCCAUCACACAUCUUGAACCUUCCAGGGAUGGGUCCUUGCUGCUGACAUCUGCUACUUGGAGCCAGCCUUUGUCUGCACUUUGGGGAAUGAAGUCAGUAUUUGAUAUGAAGCAUUCCUUCACAGAAGAUCACUAUGUUGAGUUCAGUAAGCACUCCCAGGAUCGGGUCAUCGGCACAAAAGGAGACAUUGCCCACAUUUAUGAUAUUCAGACUGGCAACAAGCUGUUGACUCUGUUUAACCCAGAUCUUGCCAACAACUACAAGAGGAACUGUGCCACCUUUAAUCCUACAGAUGAUCUUGUCUUAAAUGAUGGCGUCCUCUGGGAUGUCCGCUCUGCACAGGCCAUCCACAAGUUUGACAAGUUCAAUAUGAACAUCAGUGGUGUUUUCCAUCCAAAUGGACUGGAGGUGAUCAUUAAUACUGAGAUUUGGGACCUUCGAACUUUUCAUCUUUUGCAUACUGUUCCCGCUCUGGAUCAGUGUCGCGUGGUGUUCAAUCACACGGGAACAGUGAUGUAUGGAGCUAUGUUGCAGGCAGAUGAUGAAGAUGACUUAAUGGAAGAGAGGAUGAAAAGCCCCUUUGGGUCAUCCUUCCGAACAUUUAAUGCAACUGACUACAAACCUAUAGCAACCAUUGAUGUGAAACGGAACAUCUUUGACCUGUGUACAGACACCAAAGACUGCUAUCUUGCUGUCAUUGAGAAUCAAGGCAGCAUGGAUGCCCUGAACAUGGACACAGUAUGCAGGCUGUAUGAAGUGGGCAGGCAGCGUCUGGCAGAGGAUGAGGAUGAAGAGGAGGACCAGGAAGAGGAAGAACAGGAGGAAGAAGAUGAUGAUGAAGAUGAUGAUGACACCGAUGAUUUAGAUGAGCUUGACACUGACCAGUUGCUGGAGGCGGAGUUGGAGGAGGACGACAAUAAUGAGAACGCAGGGGAAGAUGGGGACAAUGACUUCUCUCCCUCUGAUGAGGAGCUAGCAAACCUUCUAGAGGAGGGAGAGGACGGGGAGGAUGAAGACUCUGAUGCAGAUGAGGAGGUGGAACUGAUCCUGGGGGACACUGACAGCUCUGACAACUCUGAUUUGGAAGAUGACAUCAUCUUAUCUCUGAAUGAGUGAGGAGCCAUCACUCCUUGGAAGAGAUUCUUGGCAGAGAGAAGAGGGGACAAAUUUGGUUGUGAAGUAAACAAGAAACACAAGACGGCUAAAACUCUCCAGGGGCAGGUAAAGCCCUGCUGGGCUCAGAAGCACUAUAGAAUUUGCUGUACACACUGAAGUGGGUCUGUGCCACACAGGUAUUUCUUGGUCCUCUGGAGAGCAGAGGACUCACUCAGCUCUUCGCUUCAUGCCUUGCUUUAAUGGUAGUAAACACUUAACCAGUGGAAUAGUCUGACUGCUGGUACUGAUGGCAUCAGAAGAAAACAGGUUAACAAUCAAGAAGUAGUGAAAGCACUAUAUUCUAGUCAUUAACUCAACGGAGCCAGUCUCAACUCUGCUGGGAGCACCCACAGGUCUCUAUGGGGGAGACAGGGACUAUAACAGGGAGGCAGAAUUCAGGUUGGCUUGACAACACACCCUUAGGAACAUGUGCUAAGGGGCUAAGGAAGCAUCAGCUGUCUUCCUUACUCUACCAGGGCUGAAAAUUGGAGUCACUUAGGAGGCAGCAUGAGAACAGUGGCACACCACCAGUGAGGCACAUGUUGCCUUUUUGUCUUUAAGCAACACCUUAGACAGGGCCUGAACCCCGGGUGGGGGCACUGGAUGCCUGAAGUAAGAGGAAUUUUCUCAGUGGGGCAGUCUCAUAAAAUCACCAGGACAUUGACCACCUGACCUCCCCUAACUAGUGCUGGCCAAGGCCUGAGAGUUCACAGAACCUGCUAGGUCUUAAGAGCCAAAGGAAGGAAGUGGUUGAGGGCCAGGAAAGAGAAGGAAUGUCAUGCCAGGGUGUUACUCCUCACCAAAACUUGGCAGUUCUUUUUGGGGCCAUGGGACACCUUUCUCUGAAGAGGGGUUGGAUAAGGCAAAGGUUGAAGUGUCUUCUCCAGGCACGUUUUCUAGCAUGUUUCCUUUUACUUGGUUGUCUCACAAAGCUGGGAGGUAGGUGAUUCUUCCGGGUCCUGAGCACCUGCUUCAUGAAGGAAGAUAGGUAGCCCAGAGAAGAAGUUUUGGACUUAACAUACCAAGGCAGCUCUGGCCUGUGACUCAGGCGUUUGUUGGAGAGCUGCAGGAAAACCACUGCAGUGUGCCUUCAACAGGACAAGACCCACUCCUGUUUCUGGUGGUACCAGCUACCCUGGAAUGGUGGCGUGUCCUGCUGUACCCAACUGACUUGCUUAGGUACCUGGCAGCUGUGACCACAGCUGAAGUAAAAACAAAUAGGCAAAUAAAUAAACAUGCUUAACAUGUC